GUGAGUGCCAAUAACAUCCGUUCAUUUCAGAACUGCACCACCAUUGAGGGCAGCAUCCGGAUAAACGAGGUCUCCAUGAAAGGAGAUCGAGGUCGAAACGUGUCCAGUCUAACGUUUGAAAGUUUACUAACCUUCUCAACCGUAACGGAAAUAACUGGAUAUUUAGUUCUGCAGUCGCUAGGUGUCGGAGUGAGGAACUUGUCCUUCUUCAAAAACCUUCGAGUCAUACACGGAAGAUCCCUCUACGACCACAGCUACUCCCUGUUUGUCGAUCAAACUAACCUGGAGUACUUGGGACUGCGUAAAUUGAAAAACAUCAAAUUCGGAUCGGUCCUUAUCAAGAACAACAUCCAUCUCUGCUACCUCCAGAACUUCCCCUGGUCAACUUUGUUCAGUAAUAAUGGCCAG